AUGACAUAUCGAAAAACCCCAGCCCCCCCUGGGGUUUCGGAGGUGCAUGCGCAAUUCACACCUCCAUACGACAUACCAGCGCAUGCGCAGUUUGAUUCUUUCAAUACUGCUUUUGGUUGGGUGCUCAAGARRCAUGUCAUCAARACCUURUCKAACAUCGUUGGUAUUGGUCAAUGUAUGAUUCAGUGCUCCCUUAACGACGAUUGCUACAGUCUUAACUUUUAUCCCAAUGUGGGUGUCUGUGAGCUGAAUAGCGCUACGCAUGCGUCACAUCCGGRAGACUAUGUUCCCUCUGAUAAUGGCAGCUUUCUGUUGUAUAUCUUUCGUUCUGCCAAGUUUUGUGAUGACUCGUUAUGUACUGUGGAUCAAGUGUGUCUUUUARAAAAAGAUGGCGUGACUCGACAGUGUAAAGCCUGUGCAAGUCCUCUAGGGAUGGAAGAUCGCUCGAUUCCAGACUCUGCUCUGUCGGCCUCUUCUUCGUAUGGUCAUCCGAGUAAUCCAAGUUUUAAGGCAAAAUAUGGGCGUUUGAAUAACGAUGGUGUUUGGUCUUCCUCACGUCYUAGCGUCGGGCAGUAUCUACAAGUAGAUUUGGGUCAAGUUAAGAUUGUAACAAAGAUCGCAACCCAGGGAAGAUCCGGCGAUCAAGUCAAAUAUGUGACGAAAUACACGAUCAAAUGGAGCAUUGAUGGACAGACCUGGGAGGACCAUAAAGAGAAUGACGUUGUCAAGGUGUUUAAUGGAAACUUUGACCAAAAUUCAGUCGUAACUAACAGCUUUCAACCGAAAAUAAUGUCUCGACACAUCCGACUGGUCGUGCAGAAGUGGUUUGGUUUUAUAAGUCUACGAAUGGAGCUGUACGGAUGUGGACUUYGAUAAGAAUCGAMAACUUAAGGCUGCCUGGUAUAGARCGUUCGCAACCAUACCUUAAUACUAUUACACAGUCCAAUYGUUUACGUUUUACACUUGUUAUCUUAUCUAAAGGAUUUCCAGUUCAUAAAACGUUUUGCUAAAGGUACCAGACACCUUAGAGAAACCAAUUUUCAUCUCAUUUCAAACAGCUGCAMCAAAACUAUGGAACUCGAUGCCUAGCAGCAUUCGCCUCAU